AUGGCCUACUCCGCCCUCCUCUAUCCUCUAGCCUUUCUCUUGCUCAUCGUCGCAGGCAGCGUCGCCGACUCAUUGACUCUUAGACGGGACUCAGCCCGUACCCAUGCUCUCCGACAUUUUACGGGACUCCCAUCACUCAACGGCGCCGAUGGGAACGACCCCGACCUCGAACUUUUACCCAUCGUCCUCGUCGCCUCUGUCGACGGAAAAUUCCAUGCAUUGAACAGGACGACGGGGGCGGUCAUAUGGUCUAUGCCGUCGACGGCGACGGCGACCACAACAACAGAAGUAGACUCGGGUGGCACGCCCACACCUGUACCUUCCGCCCUCGACCCUCUCGUGCGCACCAAACAUGUCGAGUACGAUCCUGAUUUCGACGAGGACCCGACGUCGCAGGAGACAUACAUAAUUGAACCUCAGUCCGGCGACAUCUACGUCUCGUCAUCGCCAUCUGGCUCGCUGCAGCGCCUACCGCUUUCUAUGCCACAGCUCGUCGAUAUGUCGCCUUUCAGUUUCGGUGACGGGGACAGGAGAGUGUUCGUCGGGAGGAAGAAGACAUCACUGAUGGUUUUAGAACUUGAGACGGGAAGGGUCAAGGCUGCAUUGGACUCGGAGUGUCCGUGGGAUCCGUUCGAGGAAUUAGUGGACAAGGAGGAGGAGGAGGAUAUUGACCUGGACGAGCUGGAUGGGACCAUACCUUCCAGAGAGUACCCGACCGAAGUCUAUAUCGGUCGCACAGAUUACCAUAUAUCCAUUCACACCCGCCCAAGAUCUCCCACCGCUCGUCGGCCACCUGUGCGCGACCUCUCUUUCUCCACGUAUGGUCCCAACAAUCAGGAUCUCGACCUCCAGUCUGUCUAUAGCCGUACGUUAGACGAUAAAUACGUCGAAACUCUUCCAAACGGUGGCAUCAUAUCAUUUAAAACCCGAAACAUCGACCGUCCUUCCGAUUCACCUGGCGUACCCCAGAACGAUCCCAUCUGGGGUCAAGAAUUUUCUGCUACUAUUGUGGCCGUCUUCGACGUCGUCAAAUCAACCACUCGCUCUGAUCCCUUUGUCCUCCUCCAACCCCGCCCACCUCUUCAAGACGUCUUCCCUGCCUCCGACCUCACCACCGCAGCUCGCAACGCACACAUCAAUCCCUCCUCCGCCUACGUCGGCCUCGUCGAACAAACCGGCUCCCUCUUCGCACUCUCACCCGACAACUACCCCCUCGUCAUCUUCGGCCCGAACUCGCACGACGGUCCGUCUUACUCACUCAAGGGCAUCGAAGCGCCCCCUAACUCCAACCCCAAUAUCGACUCUAACUCGCACGUGGGCAAGGCCGGGCGUAACACCAGGCCUAUAGGCGGCGACGACGCGAUGUGGAGGGCGUUAUGCAGGAGCGGGAGCACGAAUAUGAGAUGCCUCGUCGGCGUUCGUCCGCUCGAAGAUGGCUCGCAGAGUCAGCUUGCGGCGAAAUUGCUGGAUGGAGCGCCAACUGUGCCAUUGCCGAUCGUGCCCUCGCAUCCGCAUAGCAAUAAUAAUAGGGUCGAGGCUGGCGCGUAUGGGACUGUGAAUACUGCUGCUGCGAGAGCGGGAGCGAAGGAUCAGACGGGGUGGAAUAUUUCGAUUAAUGUCGUUCCGCCGUUGGGAUGGAUCGGAGUUGGGGGUGGGGAGAGGGCGGGGGCGGGUGUUACGCUUGGGUCGUGGUGGGUUGUUUUGGUCGGGAUGAUGUGUGGUUUGGUGGGGUGGAUUACGUGGAAUGGGAAGAAGGGUUUGAAGGGAGGUGACGGUCAAGUUGUUGAGAAGGUUGUUAUCGAUGAAGGAGGGACCAUGGGUGGCGAGGUCCCUACGGCGACUGAGACCGUUCCUGCCAAGCUGGUCAGCGAGCCUUCCACAUCAUCUUUAACUGGAGCGCUAGUGCCUGCAGUUGUCGAAUCACCCUCUGCUGAACGGGACCUCCUACCAACAAUACCGCAAACUCCGUCCACACCUGCACCUGCACGGCCAGCUCCACCACCCCCAUCAGUACAAAAACAGCUGCCGCCAUUACCCACGUCAGAACCCAUCGCCACACCAGCAGUCGAUGUUGCCCUCGACGACGGUGGAGAUGAAGACAGUGACAAGGAAGGAGAUGCGCAAGGGGCUGCACCUGGAAGACGGAAAAAUACCAGGAGACGGAGAGGGAAGAAGAAAAAGAAGGAGGUGUCGAUUGAUGUCGAUGGAGAGGAGGGUGGCGAGCAGGUCGAAGGCGCAGGGUCCGGCUCUGCGAACGGAGAUGCGGUGCAAGGGCAAAGACAAGCAGAAGUGAAGCCUUCGACGUCUGCGGGUACACCAACGUUGGUUGUUCCUGCUACUCCUGCACCUUCUGUAUCGCCUUCUUUGAUAGUGUCCGAUACCGUGCUAGGCUUUGGCUCGCACGGCACCGUAGUCUACCAAGGCUCCCUUCAAGGCCGCGCCGUCGCCGUCAAACGCCUCCUGCAAGACUUCACAACCCUCGCCUCCCGCGAAGUCGCGAUCCUCCAAGAAUCAGACGACCAUCCGAACGUCAUCCGGUACUUCUACCAAGAAUCCCACUCCGGCUUCCUUUACAUCGCGCUGGAGCUCUGUCCCGCCUCUCUCGCUGAUAUCGUCGAGAGGCCGGACCAGUUCAAAGAUAUCAGUAUCGUGUUCGAGCCGAAGAGGGCGUUGAGGCAGAUCGUGAGCGGGUUAAGACAUUUGCAUGGAUUGAAGAUCGUGCAUCGGGAUAUCAAGCCGCAGAAUAUCCUGGUGAGCGGUGCGAGGGCUGCGCUUGCGGGUGUUGCGAAGGAUGGUGCCGGCGGUGGUAGUGGAGUAGGAGGUGGUGGUGGGAUGAAGGGACACAGAAUGUUGAUCUCGGAUUUCGGACUGUGUAGGAAGCUGGAAGUCGACCAGACGAGCUUCCUACCUACCGCGAACGGCAUGAUGGGCGUCGGCACCGUCGGCUGGCGAGCGCCCGAAAUCCUUCGCGGAGAAGUCAAGCUGGACGAAUCAUCCUCCACGGACGAUAACUCGACUUCGUCGCGCGAUUCGGUCGGUACGACUAGGACAUCGAGCACGGCAGGGGCGCAUCAUAGUCACAAGCCGACGAGGCUGACGAAGAGCGUGGAUAUCUUUGCGUUGGGGUGUUUGUUCUAUUAUGUGCUUACGAAUGGGGGCCAUCCGUUUGGGGAUCGGUAUGAGAGGGAGGUUAAUAUCUUGAAGGGUGCGGUGUGUUUGGAGGGGUUGGAAGGUUUUGGGGAGGAGGGGUCGGAUGCGGUGGAUUUGAUUGGGAAGAUGUUGCAUGCGGAGGCUUCGGAACGACCGGAUACGACGACGUGUCUCAUGCACCCGUAUUUCUGGGAUCCCGGUCGUCGUCUGGGUUUCCUUCAAGAUGCGUCGGACAGAUUCGAGAUCAUGGUCCGUGAUCCUCGAGAUCCACAUCUCGUGCUUCUUGAAGAAGGCGCUAUCGACGUCGUGGGUCCUGAUUGGGUCUCGAGGCUGGACAAGAUCUUCGUCGAGAAUCUGGGCAAGUUCAGGAAGUAUGAUGGGAAGAGCGUGCAGGACUUGUUGAGGGCGUUGAGGAAUAAGAAACAUCACUACCAGGAUUUGCCAGACAAUGUUAAGCGCCACGUAGGAUCCAUGCCAGAAGGGUAUCUGUCAUACUUCACAAAAAGGUUCCCGAGGCUGUUCCUGCAUGUCUACAACGUCAUCGCGGAUUCAUCGCUCAGGCAUGAAUCGAUGUUCAGGUCUUAUUUCGAGGUGCCAGAGUUGAGUUGAGCGGCAUUUUCCUUUCUUUUUCUCCUUCGUGUUUCUUGUUUAUAUAUUCGCUGUCCUUUCGCUUGUUAUUCGACUUGUUUAUAUAUUGCGUCAGUGUCUUUCUUGUUACUUCAAUGUGUGCCGGACUUCCUUUGGUUGUUUCCUGUUGCAGGGGUUGUCGUGGAGCUUGUUGGGCUUAUGUUGAUUUUUUCUUUCUUUCUGCCGAUAUAUCAUGGAAACCCCACCCCACACCGCCUCGUUAUCACUUCUUUAUUGAUUUUACCUUUUCUCCCGCCGCUCUCUCUCUUUACUUGCUCUCUUCCUGCCUCUACCUCCUAUCCUUUUCGUCCUCGUCCUUGUUUUCUCAUCUCCGCAUCGGCAUCCCCGCAUCAUAACCAAACAUAUCGACCACAUACACACAUACACACACACAUACAUACAUACGUAUAUACAUAAGUACCCGUAUAAAGCAUCCUACUUUUUCUCGCUC